GCUCCGCUGUGCGUGAGUGCUGCAGCAGCAGCAGCAGAGGCGGCGCUGCGUGGAGGUGGUGGCAGGGGGAGCAUUCCAGGCGCGGAGAGUUGAGCAGCGCCUACCCCGUCCGUCCCGUGCGGUCCUGCUGACUUUGCCCUCGCUGCUGUCGCUUGAGCCACAUGGCCAAACGCCACCGCCGAUUGGCGCGGUCGGCUACGUGCGGCGCGAUUGAGGUCCAACGUCUUGGCCGAGAUCGUCCGCGGAUAUAACCCCCGGGAGUCGCCUUGCGCGGAUUCCUUCGUGCGUCCUGAGACCGCUCCGAGCCUGACUCUCCAGGCCUGCGGAGGAUGGACGGGGUUGCCAUGGAUACCGCGGAGAGUGUCAGCACCGUCCAGAAGAAAUCGCAGCAAGUGGUGCAGAUACAGAGCACGUCGCUUGACGUGAGCGAGGUGGGCAAGGGGCUCAAGGUGCAGACGGAGAAGCCUCACCUGGUGAGCCUCGGCGGAGGGCGAUGGAGCGUGGCAGUUACCCUGCUGCCCCUGGACCAAGCCCGCACCACGUUCGGCCGGCCGGGCGGUCAGCCCGCCGUCGACGUCGCUCUGCACGGCCGCGGGGUGGCGGCUGACCACUGCCACAUCGAGAACAGCGCCGGCAGCACCUUCACGCUGCACCCGCAGGGAAACGCCUGCUCCGUGGACGGGCAGGACAUCUCCAAGCCCACCGUGCUGUCCCAGGGGUGUAUGCUGUGCCUGGGGGAGUCGAACUUCUUCCGGUUCAACCACCCGGCACAGGCGAUCCGUCUGCGUAGUGGACUGCAGCCCGCUGUCGCACAGGAUUUAAGCAACAUGAUGAAUGGCAACCACAAGUCUAAGCCCAAGAGCCAGACUACCUUGCCCGGCGGCCUAGCGAGUACCAAAGCCAGCUCCUCGCCCGGCCGCUCCUUCGUGUGCCCUCCCACCGUCCCUCCAUCGUCCGGCGCCGACUCGAGCCCCUCCCCUGCCGUCCACCGGUGGCCAACGACCGCCUCCAACGCGCAGUACCAGACGAACCUCAAGCUGUACAUGGGCUCGCUGGGCAAGCACUCGCCGGCCGCCAACUCUCCCGUGACCAAGUCGGCGCCUGCCGACGCGACUCCUGGCGUCGCGGGCAACUCGCGCUUCUCCUCCUCGUCCUCCUCCUCCUUCGCGACGGUCGCCACGACGACCGCCGCGACGCCGUCUCCCACGAGCCCCGGCAACAUGUCGGUGGGCUCCUCCAGCUUCCGCGGGGACCCCGACAACUCAGCCUCGCCGCUCUCGACCGCCUCCCCGCUCUCGUCGCCGUCGGCGACCGGCAGCUCCAAUGGCCGCUCGGACGCCGUCCCCGUGCCGGCCCCGCGGUCGUCGAGCUACUCCCACGGCGUCGCCGCGCCGCCAGCGGCGGCGGCGUACGGCGCGAGCGGAACUCCCUCGGCCCUCGCAGGGUGCGGGGACGACGACGAGGAGGAGGAGGAGGCGUCGCGGUCGAGGGGCGCCGGAGGCCGAGCGGGCGGCAGGGGCUCGUCCGAUGGUUACUGGAGCAAGAGCGGCCGCGACUCGGACGCGUACGGCUUGGCUGCCGCCGGAGGAGGAGGAGGUGGAGGUUCCCAGUACCUCCCGCCAUCCUCUUACGAUGGCGGGAGGUACGAGCGCGGCCGCCAAGAGCCGUGGGACGUCCUCUCACCGGGCGACCGCGACGGCCGUCGGGAAGCGUGGGAGGGCUACCCCUCGUCGGACGGCGGUGGCCGGCGUGCCUGGGACCACCGCCUGCUCGCCGGUGCGGGCGGCGACUUCGACCUGGCGUCACUCCGCGGCGGCCCGCUGGGCUCCUCCAGCGUCGACGUGAGUCGCUUCAGCCCCGUCGGGCCGUGCCGCCAAUCUUCGAGCGUCCCCUCCAGCCCUCGCCUGCCUUCCAAAUUCCAGCACCAGCAGCAGCAGCAGCCUCCGACGCCGGGCCAGAGGUCCAGGGCCCUGCAGGAGUACUCCCAGAACCAGUGGCGCGAGCAGUACCUGCAGGACGCGAGCGUGCUGGCGCGCUACGGCAUCGCCAUGAGCGACUUCGGGGACGGGCACGCGCUCGCGAGCUACGGCGGCCGCCGCUCGCCCGCGGGGCCGGGCCGGACGGCCGACAACUGCCGCGGCACGAGGGAGCCUCCGCCGGCGAGCCCCUCGUCCGCCCGCCGCGCCCUCGCCUACCACUCGCCGCUCAAGCCCACGCAGUCGACGCCCGCGCUCAACUGGCUGCCUUCCUCCGCCGCCUACCCGCCGGACGUCACGGCGCCGCCGUCGGGACACCACUACCACAAGCGGACGGGCCGCGCCGGCGGCGGCGGCGGCCUCGACAGCCCGCUGCUCUCCCGCCGGGCCCAGCAGGCGGGCGCGUUCGAGCGGAGCCCCUCCCCCGGCUCGCCCUCCGACGCCCGCCGCGGCCGCCCCUACGACCCCGAGCCUCCGCCGUCGCCGUCCGUCCUGGGCGCCCUCCCUCCCAGGCCGAGGCCUCAGCCCCGGGCGGGCGCCGGCAGGAGCCCGAGCCCGGCGCAGGCGUACGCGCCGGCGGCGCCGCAGCCGCGGCAGAGGACGAGCUCGCUGGGUGGGCAGGGAGUGUCGCGGGCGCUCGCUAGGGCCGCCGCCGCCUCCUCCCCGGGCGUCGCGCCGGCGCUGUCGCCGCUGAUGGGAGGGGGGUUCCGCCCGCGCAAAAACAGCAUCUCGGAGAUCGGUGCGGACGAGGGAGAGCUGAUGGACUACCACCGGCGCCAGCGCGAGGAGCGGCUGCGCGAGCAGGAGAUGGAGCGGCUGGAACGGGAGAGGCUGGAGACCAUCCUGAACUUGUACACGGGCGUGGGCCUGGGCCCUGAGCGCGGAGCCUCCCUCUCGACGGACAGCUCCGCCGGGGGGGGGCCGCAGGCCCACCACGGGGACGGUGGGGGGGCCGCACGCCUCCACGGAGAGAUGUCUCGGCUGCGGCUCGGAGACGACGCUCGCUCCGCACGGCUGCUGGCGCCGACCGCGGGAGCGGUGCGAGGCUCCGGCGCAAACGGCGCGGAAAUGGAACGCUCGGCGGGGCGAGCGACGGAGCGGGAAGCCGGCGGGGGCUCCGGCGGAGCCGGGGAGAGCAGCAGCACGGAGAGCGCGCACCUCGACGACGACUCGUCGGAGGAGAACCGCCACCUCCGCUCGCCGCCCGCGCGCCGCGACCCCGGGGGGGAGGGCGACGCGGCGAUGUUGCCGCCGCCCCCCGCCGCGUCUCUGGCGCGAGAGCCCCGCUCGCCUGGCUCGGCGGGGGGGGGCACCCCCCCGCGGGCGACGCGCUCCCCGGGCGACGCCCACGCGCGCCACGAGCUCGGACGUCUGGGCCGCGAGCGCGCACAGACGCUCGCCAGCGUGGAGGAGCUCAAGCAGCGCAUGGGCGAGAUGCAGAGUCAGCUGGACGAGUCGGACCGCGAGCUGGAGCUGGAGAGAGCUCUGCUGCAGGGUGAGAGGGACUCGGAGCUCUCCCUGCAGGCGCAGGAGGAGCGAGCGGUGAUGCAGCUGCGAGACCGCAUCUCGCAGCUGGACGUGGGGGUCAAGCUGGACAAGGAGAAGGAGAGGGCAAUGCUCGCGGCGGCCCGGGAGAAGCUAGAAAGCCUCCGCAGCGCACACCUAGACGCGCGCAGGCAGCUAGACACCUGCCCAGAGGCAUUGCGAGAGCACUUGCAGCAGCAGCUGAGAAGGGAAGCCGAGCGUCUCGAGGUUGAGACGAAGACCUUCGAGGACCUGGAGUUCCAGCAGCUGGAGGGGGAGAGCCGCGCCGAGGAGGAGAGGGAGGCCUCGAGCCAGCGGCUUCUGGCUGACGUCAGGGACCUCCAGACCAGCAUCGCCACGCGAAAGGAGAAGGUGGCGGCACUGGAUGGGGAGGGGCGGCAGCUAUCCCAGCAGGCCUUGCAGGAGCAGGAACGCCUCCACCGGGAGAAGAACCAGCUGGCCCACCGUCUCCACCGGGAGAGGGCAUGGCUCUCCGAGCUGGACGAGCGCUACGCUCUGCUCACGGGGGGCAAGCGACUGCCCAUCGCCCCAGCGCCACCCACGCAGGGCUACUGGCAGCUCUCUGACAUCUACCGCUUCUACUGCGAGCCCGCGGGCACGGAGGCGUGCGAGCCGUGCGUGGCACCCACUGCCGCUGCCUCCCCCUCCCCUCCGAGUUCUCUCUCUCUCACUCCACCUCUCAGCCAGCCGCAGGAGUACAUCACACUGGACCAAAUCUAUGAGCUGUACGGCUCCCCUCUCAUCUCCGCGGAAACGCCCCUUGACCCCACUCCCAUCGCCAUGCCAACCCCUCCCGUCACCGUGCCGACGUCCCCUCUGCCUGAACUGGAGAAUGCUCUGGGCACUGAGCACAUGAUUAGGCGGUUCCUGUCACCUGACCAAGAGGCCCCUUGUCAAGUGCCGCCCCCUCUGCCGGUCAAAAUGCGCUUUACGCUGGGGGCCCAGGGCGGCCGGACGAGCGGCGAAAAGCGGCGCCUGCAGCGGGAGACAUCCACGCAGAGCGACAUCAUCACCUCGUCGUCGUCGUCGUCACGACAACCCGCCUGCGGCGCUCCCGAGCAUCACGCGUCGCCGUCCGGCGCCGCGCACGGGAAGAGGGUGGGCGGCGUGGCUCUUGGGAGCAGCACGCUUCCCCGCAACCUGCGCAGCUCCCACGAGGAGGGCAUCGCCAUGGCUUCCAAGCGGCCCCCCACGGGCCCUCCACCACGAGGUAAACACAGGAAAGGCACUGGGAAGGGCUUGCGUAAGAAAGGUCAAGCCAGGCGAGGAAUGGAUGUGGGAGAGAUUGGGCCCGAGCCGCCAUGGCACAGGGACGGUCACCGUGGCAACACGGCCGAGCGGUCAUGUGACUCCAUCAGCCUGGGCAGCUCGGACAGCCUGGACACCAACGCUUCGCCCGACGACAUCUCAAGCGCCAGUGGGCCGGACAGUGGGCGGUUUGAGGAAAUGGAGAGGCUUCUCCGAGAAGCUCAAGCCGAAAAGUCCCACCUCCUGCAGACCAAGGACCGCGAGAUGGAGAUGGAGCGCCAGGCGCUGGAGGAGGAGCGGAGGCUGCGGGAGGCGCUGGAGGAGCGGCUCGCCGAGGAGACGCACCGGCGCCAGCUGCUCAUCGAGAAGGAAGUGCGGCUGCGCGAGCGCCACAAGGCACAGGCUCGACCGCUCACGCGCUACCUCCCCAACCGCAAGGAGGACUUUGACCUGCGCGCGCACGUGGAGGGCGCGGGCCACAGCGUGGAGACGUGCUACCACGUGACGGUGACGGGGAAGACCUGCCGCGGCUUCCUCACCAAGAUGGGCGGCAAGAUCCGCACGUGGCGCAAGCGCUGGUUCCUCUUCGACCGCAACAAGCGCACGUUCUCGUACUACGCAGACAAACACGAGACGAAGCUGAAGGGGCUCAUUUACUUCCAAGCCAUUGAGGAGGUUUACUACGACCACCUGAAGAGCGCCCACAAGAGCCCCAGCCCGUCGCUGACGUUCUGCCUCAAGACGAACGAGCGGGUCUUCUACCUGGUGGCGCCCUCGCCGGAGGCCAUGCGCAUCUGGAUGGACGUCCUGGUGACGGGCGCUGAGGGGUACACGGGGUUCUGACGCGCGGGGCCUCAAUUCCGCUCGUGACCACGGGGUGGGGGGGGGGCGACGACACCGUGGACGCUCGCCCCGGCGUCACGUCACGGACGCUUGCGACGCCACUCGGAAAGUCGUGGACGGGCCGCGACAUCGCGACAUCUUGCUCGCCGACGAUCGCUUCACCGAGGUCGCCGAUCGCGACGUGGCGAGCGUGCGCCCUCCUUGGCCCGAUCUGUCGCCCGCGACACCGCAGACACUCGCCGCUGUCGACUGACUCCCCGUUGCCCGUGCAAGUACCAAGCUCAAGCCUUGCCAUUGCUCCUCCGCCUACGACGACUCGCGUUGUCGCUCUGCACGCCGGGAGAUCCGAUGAUCGAUGUUCGGUCGCCACGUUGAUGGCGUCCGUCGUGAUUUCUCACUCAGCUGAGCGUGAAGGCUGCCAUACUCCACUCCUGCCAAUCACUGACUGACCGCCUCUCGCUAUAUAUAUAUAUAAAAUAAGUAAUUAUGCUCAGUUUCUAAUACGGCGUCUGCAGAGACCGUUGCACAUAGCUGCUUUAUACAUCCGAAUGGUAUUGUAUCGCGUUAAUUGGUGCGUAGCGAGUACGCACACCUGUUCCCCCAGCCGUCCAUGCUGUCGACUGCCUGCGCCAGUUCUAGUCAAAGCCCAUGGCCUGGUUUAUUUUUCCUCUGCACGCGACCGCCUGAUUGGCCCGCGUCUUUCUUUAAUAAUAAUAAAAAAUAAAAUACAGCCCACCGCUUCCGCACGGCGUCUCUGGACGCGGCCGCGUUCGGACGCCGUCCGUGAAGCCGCGCUGCGUUCAAUUUGCUGACCGUAGCGCACAGACGCCAGCGACGGACUUCGAGAAGCCAUUCCUGACGAGGGCGCUUGCGCGCGGCGGCUCGACGGGGCGUCACCACCCGCCUUGCCUUUUCGCAAACACAACAAGAAAACGGAGGCUCGCGCGUAACGGACCUUGUUGCGUGCGUACGGCGCACGUUGUGCGAGCGGUGCGCGUGCGGAGUUGCAACGGGCCCCCGAAUGACACGCGGAACGUCGGCAGCCAGAGUCGCCGGACUGUGACGAACGCGCAAACUGGUGCUCGCAGAUUUGCACACGUGUGCCUCCUGCCCUGCCCGCCUGCCUGCAUUGCUGUGGCUGCGGUUGGGGUUGGUGGUGCCGGGGGGGAGGGGAGGGAGGGCGGUCAGGACCUAAGGACAAUUUCUGCACUGGACCAUCCCCCCCCCGCCCACAUGCCCCCGCACGAACUUAAUGCUGCCUGUAGUCUUCCCCAUGGAAAUAGCCGUUGGUGCUUUAUUAAGGGAAUACAAGGCCAAAAUAUCAUUCGGAAAUUCUCUGACAGUUUUUUUUCCCCCUCCUUUCAAAUAGCUCAUCUGUGCGUAUGUGUGUGGUGUGUGUGCUAGGUUUGUGAAGAGUUGACUCCUUCGCGAUUCGAUUUGUCUAUUGGUGCCCUCUCUUUCGAUCGUGGUUAAAGGUAGCGCUCCCGAGUGGCAGCGAGGUGACCGCGUGAACCCAGCGGGUGGGCGUCUGGCGGCCGCGCGCCUCGAGCCUGAGAAUCGACGUCAAUCGACGAUUCGGCUCGCACGGUCGGCGCAACUUCUGCCACGUCCUUCUUGAGACGCGGCGGCAUUUCGCCACGAGUCGUCAAUCAUCAGGCCACGGUCGAUCCACUGCUGGAUGGAUCGGGGCCUCCCCCCCUGACCGUCGCCAUCUCGCGUUGCUGCGACGUGAGCGCCUUUACGUUUGGAUGCCCACGUCCAAGAUUGUGUCGUGUUCGCCGUGCUCCCAGCAUGCACAGCACACACACACCGCGCACGAACAGGGCGGGGGGCUGAAACAUUUUGAGAGUGAGAUGCUCGAUAAAUGUUACAGUGGUAGACCAAGUUACGUUUAUUGCUGUGUAUGUCUCUGUCGAGACACGGAUGUUGCCGGUACAUUAAACACCAACUGGUUCGCACAACAUAGUUCGCGCUCGCUCUAACAUGUAUAUGGUACGAUGUACGCAUCUUAAUGAUGCGUAUUCAUCACCUAAGCACAUAGCAUAUUCGUUUUUAACACUUAAGUUUGUAUUUCUUUUGUGGGCCCAAAAUCUUAAUGUACCUUACGGUGGCCAGACAGGCGAGUGGCCAGCAAUCUAGGUACUGUUUCCUGAUCCCCACCCCAACCCACCGACGACGAUUCGAUGAUUCAAAGUCACGAUUCGAUUUGAGAAUCGCACCUUUAAACGCUGCGGUGAAUGUGAGCGGCCACUAGUGGUUGCGAGGGGUUGGGGGGGGGGUGGUGGGGGAGGGGGGCGGUCGUGGGAAUCCAUUUACACGAAGCGCACGCGAUUCCGUGCGCGGACCGCGAGCUUGAAGAAUCUAAAAAUUAACCCUUUCCUGUUCCGAGAAGGUCUGCAAGUUGCAGGGUUGUGGGUCCCGUUCACUGCCGAAUUUCGGAACGCUCAAGCGGCUCGGCGUUGAUUUUAUUAAGAGAGGCGCAGCGCCGUUGUUUUUAAAGACAUUGCGCUCACCGCAGAGAAGUGUAGCGACACGACCGCACUCUACGAUGGUGAAGUUCAUUAUACGGUACCCAGAGCCAUCGGAACGGAAUCGGGAGAAAAACUGAUGACGUACGUACGAGUACGUCAUCAGUACGUCAUAGGAAAGGGUUAAAACGAUGCGUCGUCGCACCCCUGAGUCCAGCACUCUCGCCCGGUGGUUCUCAGAGUGUGAUCCCCGGUGCCACCACCAGGUGGCCCCCGACGCUCCUGCAGGUGCUUCGGCGUGGCCGUGAUGCAAACCGCAGGUUGGUCCGCAAAUAAUAAUGUGCACAUACAGCUUUUGUUUGGGACGUGAAUGAAUAUUUUACUCGUGAUAUUUCACUUUAAAAAAAUGAAGUUAAGUCAACUACCCUGAUUAAACUCCCCUAAAACCUAAGAUCGAAAAAAACCUUAGAGGUGUAAAAAAAAAAGUAUUUUUUUUCGUUCGUUCUGACUCCACUUGUCCUGGCCAGAGUCGCGGCGGCAGCGUGUUGAGUAGGGCGGUCCACACCUCCCUUUCCCUGGCGACAGACUCGAGCUCUACAUUACUAUACACUACUAUACACUACUAUACACUACACUGCUAUACACUACACGACUAUACACUACACGACUAUACACUGCACUACUAUACACUAUUAUACAAUACUAUACACUACACUACUAUACACUACUAUACACUAUUAUACACUACUACACUACUAUACACUACACUACUAUACACUACACGACUAUACACUGCACGACUAUACACUGCACUACUAUACACUACUAUACACUACGAUACACUAUACACUACACGACUAUACACUGCACUACUAUACACUACUUUACACUAUACACUACACUACUAUUACCCAAAUUACCCAAACGUCUCCUCGCGUGCCGCGACGCGGACAUUUACGACCUCGGGAACGUUUUACUUCCCGGAGCGGGCGGCCCUACACGCGCCGUUUCCAUUUGCUCGCGUUCAUACAUUUUUACCAGAAGUUAGGUUGAAGGAAAACAAAUGUAUCUAUUUAUCUACGUAUAGGUAAUAUAUCGAUUCUUCUAUUUAUAGAUUUUUUUUUUUUAAUUGUGCGCGCCCUAACUCCAGCUUUUGCAAGACGGCUCAGGUGCAUUGUCCCACGCCAGCGACCCGGCAGCGUUAUGGGGGGGGCCACGGGGUUGACGGAUCGCAACGAGAUUCGCGAAACUCCCGAACCUGUUGGGCUGUUGGGUCGCCGGAACGUGACGGUACAGCACGUGGGUUGUGAGCUCCUGUGUGUGGCUGUUUUUUUAGCGUUAUACCAGUCCGCGUGUGCCUGCUGAGGCUUUUAGGGUUCUCUGGUUAUUCAUCGUACAGUGCAGGCAAAUGCGUUCGGAAAUGUAAUUGGCCAAACAUCCCAAUGUAGCCGGGCCCUCCUGAGAUAACAGUAAGGCUUUCCCGGGUAAAUUAAUGGCAUUUGCCUACGAAAAUAAAUGGCAAUAGCGGUCAUCGUAAUAGAAAUGGACUCUGGCCUGGUAAAACAAACACAUUUUUACUGUUCAGAUCGAUUGACAUGUUCACAUUGCUGUGUGCUGGGCACAAGAGAUCUUAGUUCUGCCAUCAGAGACUUCCCAACGGUGGCAGAGAAAUAUGAACGCAAAGGGGGCAGCCCUGAGGUCACAUGAUGACCUUGUGGUCACAUGACAGCCUUGAGGCCACAUGGACUUCCUCUGUUACAUCGUCAAUCACCUGCUUAAUUUUGACCUCGGUGAGGAUUUUUUUCCGCGUGCGACACGCAUGUUUGGAUUUAACGUUUUAGUGGAACGAUUCUCACAUUUAACUGCCGUAGUUUUAGAUUUUUUCCUUCAGUUAUUUGCCCAAGGACAGGGUCCACGGCUGAAGCCUCCAUCCCUGCCCACCUGAUUCCAUUGCCUCCCUUCACCUCGCAACUCCAAAGUCCCUCCGUCGUUGAGCCAUGGCCAGGGCCACAUGGUGGAGGUGAUUUACCGUCUCCUUUCCUCAGCAAGUGUCGGGUAUCUUAUUUAGGUGGCGCCAUCACCUUGAUACGGAACUUCUUUCGCACCGUACGUAGCCAACCGUGCUAAUCGGAGGUGCGGGGCGGAAGGACAACAAACUGAACACAGAGCAGUUCUAAAGAAAUUACAAUAGCCAGGAAAAAAACGUGCGUAUUUUAAACUCAAAGGCUAUGUGUACAGAGGUUGAACGAAUUAAAACGAGGUGAAAAUGGAAAAUUAUUUUCUCUAAGAAAUGAAAUCGUUUCAACUUGUUCCCAUUGUCAUUAUCAAUUUCUUGCCUGUUCUGUGCCUUCCCUGUCAGAAUGUUUUGUACUUUUAAAAUUUGUUUUACCGACAGUAUUUUUCAAUUUUCUUACUCCAUUAUAGUUAUUAUUACAACUACUACUAUGAGUAUUUGUAUUAUAUACAGUACAUAUAAAGCCAUAAUAUUAGUCACUGCCUUUAUGAAUAAAAACAUGUUUUUGUAAAAGAUGUUAUCGUAUGAUAAAAGGCUUGGAACAUUACAACUUCGGAGUGGAACGGUUGUCGCAAUUCAGGGUCGCGAUCCGAUUUUAAAAAAUAUCGAUCCCAUCCUAACACGUUGCGGUGAAUGGCAGCACCUCUCGUGGCCUCGGGGGUCAUGUGAACCCAUUGUACGCGCAACACGCACCCAAUUAAAAAACUAAAUACGCCAACAGCAGAACGUGCAAUUUCGUGAUUGCGUCCCGAGCUUAAGAAUCAAUAUGAACCGUCGAAUCGACGCACCUCUACACGCCUGACCGCAUCGCAGACGAACAGCGUUUUUGCUGCCGGAAAGCGCGUUUGGUCAGCCGUGCGUCGAAAGUGCCACGUCGUAGCGUAGCGGUUGGGCCACACUUCCCAGUUAAACGGACAACGAUGGGCCAACGAUGGCACGUGUGUGGAGCCUUUAGACUAACAUUGGCCCAACAUUGGGCCGACAUUCCAUGCUUGGCGGUUUUUUGGCCCGACGAGCCGGACGUGCCAGACCUACCAGGCCCCCAGCGCUGGCAACGGGUCAUCUGGAGCGGUCACGCGGCUGGAUCAACCGGCGCUGGUUGGUUGUGAAUUUUUUGUUUGUUUUAAGUCUGCAGGAGCAGCACCAAGAGAGUGAUCGUACCUUGGCAGCCCGGUAGAGUGAUCGUGCUUGGCUUGCGCACUGCCAGGGGUGGGUGGCUGCCACUCCACUAUUCGUCUUGACCAUGGGUCCCAUCGUCUUACAUCGACGUAUCCUGUGCAAGGCCACUUGCUUAACGGUUUGAACAAUGUCGUGAGCCCGGUAUGUUCUCUCAUCCAUGUGAUCCUCUUUCUGUCUCUCGGUGUAGUUCCAAACAUCCAUCUCUCCGCGCUUUUUUGGGUUACUUUUCAGUUUAGGUUCAACAUUGUUCAUGAAUGACCGUGUUUCUGAGCCGUGUCCACAGCAGGUGGGACGCAUUGAUUAAACGUUUUCUUCUUUUUGGGUUUUUUUUUAGCACUGAUUAAUCACACGUUGGUGUGUGUUACUUUUCAUUACAAAGUUGGGAUUGCACUUCAACUCUUUAGUUCUGAAGGGCUCGCAAGGUUCUUCGCCACAUCAAGUCGGUGCCCCCGUUGGGGAAACUGUCUCACUUUCAAUCUAUGAGUCUCUACAUCACCAUAGCCCUUCUCCUUCCAUGUAUGUUUGUGUGUACGUCGAACUUCUUUCGCACCGUACGUAGCCAACCGUGCUAACCGAUGGUGCGGGGGAAGGAGGAUAACAUCUGCUUUGUCUCUUCUCGUCCAAAUCCACCUGAGUCAAAUCCACCUGAGUCUAGCCUCCCUGACCUCCUCCGACUCGCACUCAGACUUUUACUUUAUUUUAGCCUGUCAGCGGCUCUUUUGAAAGAAUCAGAUCAGAAUCUGUAUGUGGACUUCAGGAGCAAUCCGAUGACCUCUGGAGCUCUUUUUCACAGAGGUCCAGCAUGGUCGGGUCAGUGACUUACAACAGCAAACAAUGCAAACAACCGAUAGGAGUGCAAAGUAGAGAAAAAGGUAAACAAGUCGCUAAUUAUUCUUGGGUUUUUUCGGUAAAGUCACGUAGAAGGGAAAUAAUAAAAUAAUAAAAUAUAAAACAGUACAAUUCUCACGACGUUUCGACUGCAACACAAGCAAUCAUCAUCAGGUGUGAAAUCCACACCGAAAGAACCAAGAAUAUGAAUCCCUGCAGUCAUGAAAGCUUUAAAUCAAAGUCACUAAUUGUAAAUAAAUCAAUCGAUUAAUUAUACAAGUUCCAUUUAUCAAGCUUGGGCAAAGCAGAAAAACCACCAACAAGACAGACCCAGACCGCAUCAGCAUAACAGACAGUCCCUCAAUAAAAUGGCACAUUAACAUCGAACUAUCGAUACACAGGUGAGGAUCAAAGUGACGAAAUCACGUUCGCAAAAUCUCACUGCUGUAUCCAGCACUGAUCUUCUGCUUCAGGAUAUUCCACGGACGACCACGGCCACUGAACCGUCGAGAGUGACGGCGGUCUCGGUCUGUUCAUCUCCCCUGCUGCUCGUGACGCGAGCGUGAUUUUUUUGCGCCCAGUUUCAAUGGUAUCGGCUCCUUAUUCACUCUGCCCUGAAGAUGGCCCACCGUGAGGCUUUUAUUCGGAAACCUCAACAUAAAAGUCAGUCUGCGAUUGACUCACGCGUACCACACGAGCUACGUCCUCCUCCCCGUGAUCCGAUUUAGCCACGGUGGAUUGAGAUUCAUGGAGAGGCUCUUCCUAAAGGUGCCAAUGACUUUUGAUAUGAAUAGUGUUAUUUAAUUGCGUUUUUCAACCCCAAAAUGGCUGAAGUUACGACAUUGGCAUAGCCUGGUUGGCACGCGCCCUGGUGCAAGGAAUGCAAUGCCCCCCCCCCCUCCCUUCUUCGCAGCCCACCGUGUGGGCUCCUUCGAACCGAGUGCCCUUGUGCAGCUGCACCGCCUGCACACUCAACAGUUACGCCGCCGAGUUUUAUGUGCGGUAUUCCCCCGUUGUUCACGAACUUGCCAACCGCGAUUUUGGCUAUCGGCGAAUCCAUGACGAGAGAGAAUGCGAUGCGAGAAAGGGAUUAGAUAGAGUGAUGAGAUAAAAACGGUGAGAUGUAUUUAUUUAAGGUAAUUCGUAAGCCAAUAUCAUUUUCCGCGAAAUGUGUUAUUCGCGAGCAUCGCCGGAACGUACCCCUCGCGAAUAACGAGGGAAUGCUGUCCUCCACAGGGUGCACGUGGUCCUAAUUGUACGGUAC